GGAUUGGGCCCAGACCCCCUGUAUCAGCCCCCAGCCCCCGUUCCCACCCCCGGCGGCCCCCCCGAGCCCUUUGCCAGCCCCCAGCCCCACUGAGCCCCCCGUCGCCCCCCAGGGACGGGGGCACGUGCUACCGGGAGUGCGGGGGCCGCUCGCUGGUGGCCAACCUCUCCGAGCCCCUGGCCCUGGGGUCCCGGCUGGCCGCGGGGGGUCCCGGCGCCCGCGGGGGGCCCUCGUACUGCGUGUGGGUGCUGUCGGCCACGGGGAGCCUGGAGCCCUGCCCCCCCGGGGACCCCUGCCCCACCAUCAGCCUGACCCUGCAGCCCGACCUGAGCACCCCCUGCAUGACCAGCUACGCCUACGCCUUUGACGGGGUGCCGGCCUUCCUCGACAGCGGGGUGCUGCAGGGGGACCCCACGCUGCUGGGGGCCUUCUGCGGGCGCGGCCGCCCCGAGCCCCUCACCCUGGAGGCCCACUCCGGGGUGCUGGUGCUGUACUACGAGGCCAACGGCAGCGAGCCGACGGGGUUCAACGCCAGCGUGGGGGUCCAGAGCUGCCGCCCCCCCUGCGCCGGGGGGCAGGAGUGCCGGGGGGGCCGCUGCGUCUGCCGGGGGGGGCACGGGGGGCCCGGCUGCCGCCAGCCCCUCUGCCCCGGGGACUGCGGGGCCCCCGCCGGGCACGGCGCCUGCAACGCGACCCUGGGGGUCUGCGUCUGCAGCGAGGGCUUCGCCGGCCCCGACUGCUCGGUGCCGCUGGGGCCGGGCAGCCUCGUCUGGGAGACCCUCGUCGACGGGCACCUGGCGGCCGACACGGCCAGCCGGUUCCUGCACCGCCUGGGCCACAGCCUGGUGGAGGGUCCGGAGGGGACGCUCUGGAUGUUCGGGGGGCUCUCGCUGUCCCAGGGGCUGCUGGGAAACGUCUACAGAUACUCCAUCGCCGAGCGCCGCUGGACGCAGAUGCUGGCGGGGGCGGAGGACGGGGGUCCCGGCCCCUCGCCCCGCUACUUCCACGCGGCCGCCCCGCUGCCCGCCCGCCGCGCCAUGCUGGUGCUGGGGGGGCUGACGGCGGCGGGGGUGGCCGGCGACGCCUGGCUGCUCAACCUCACCACGCUGCAGUGGCGCCAGGAGCAGGUGGGGACCCCCCGCGACGCGGCGCUGCCGGCGGUGGCGGGGCACACGCUGACCCCCCGGCGCGGGACCUCGCUGCUGCUCAUCGGGGGCUACUCGCCCGAGAACGGCUUCAACAAGAAGCUGCUGCAGUAUCACGUCGAGACGGAGAGCUGGGAGGUGGGGCAGCAGGCCGGGACCCCCCCCACAGGCCUCUACGGGCACUCGGCCGUUUACCACGAGGACACGGACGCCGUGUACGUGUUCGGGGGGCAGCGCUUCCACGUGGAGACCGUGGCGGCCUCCCCGGAGCUCUACAGCCUCUACUGCCCCAACCUCACCUGGAGCCUGCUCGCCCCCUCCCAGGGCCGCAAGCCCCUGCCCCACUUCUUCCACGCGGCGGCCGUGGUGGGGGACGUGAUGGUGGUCCUGGGGGGCCGCACGGAGACCCACGACUUCAGCAACCACGUGCUGCUCUACCAGCUGCGCUGCAACGCCUGGGUGCUGCCCCCCCCACACCGGUCGGCGGCGGCGGGCGAGCCCAUGAACCGCUCGGUGGCCCACGCCGCGGCGGCGGCGGGGGGCCGGGUCUACGUCUCGGGGGGCUUCAACGGGGUGGCCCUGGGGCGGCUGUGGUCGCUGCGGGUGCCCGCGGACCCCUGCCGCGUCCUGCCCGGCCCCGAGGCCUGCAACCGCUCGGGGGCCGCCUGCGCCUGGUGCCAGGGCAGCUGCCGCGCGGCCGAGGCGGCGGCACGGCUGGGGUGCCCCCCGGGCCCGGCCGCCUGCUCCCCCACACCCCGCUCGGCCGAGGAGUGCCGGCGCCUGCGGAGCUGCAGCGAGUGCCUGGCCCUGCACCCCCGCGCGCUGCAGGGACCCCCGGGCCCCCCCCCGUGCAAGUGGUGCACCAACUGCCCCGAGGGCGCCUGCAUCGGCCGCGGCGGCAGCUGCGCCUCCGAGAACGACUGUCGCGUGAACCAGCGCGAGGUGGGGGCGGCGGGGGGCUGCCCCGAGGCCGCCUGCGGGGCCGCCGACUGCGAGGCCUGCGCCGCGGCGGGCGCCUGCAUGUGGACGCGGCAGUUCAAGCGCACCGGGGAGACCCGCCGCAUCCUGAGCGUGCAGCCCACCUACGACUGGACGUGCUUCAGCCACUCGCUGCUCAACGUCUCCCCGAUGCCCGUGGAGUCGUCGCCCCCCCUGCCCUGCCCCACACCCUGCCACAACCACAGCGCCUGCGCCCCGUGCCUGGCCUCCAAGGGGGCGGACGGCGGCUGGCAGCAGUGCGUGUGGAGCGUCAGCCUGCAGCAGUGCAUGAGCCCCAGCUACGUGCCGCUGCGGUGCGCGGCCGGGGCGUGCGGGCGGCUGCUGCGGGGCGCCGAGAGCUGCGGCGCGGGGUGCGCGGGGGCCCCGCAGUGCGCGCGCUGCCUCCGCCUGCCCCGCUGCGGGUGGUGCGCGCGGCGCGGGCACGACGGCAGCGGGCGCUGCCUGGAGGGGGGGCUGCGCGGCCCCCGCCACGGGCUGGCGCAGGCGUGUGGGGCAGAGGCCGAGUGGGCGUUCCUGGGCUGCCCCCCCGAGAACGAGUGUCUCAACGGGCACCACGACUGCAACGAGACGCAGGACUGCCACGACCUCGCGCGGGGCUUCCGCUGCGCCUGCAAGAGCGGCUACCGGCUGGACAACGGCACGGGGCGGUGCGAGCCCGUGUGCGAGCAGGGCUGCGUGAACGGCACGUGCGCCGAGCCCGGCCGCUGCCGCUGCCACUUCGGCUUCGUGGGGCGCGACUGCUCCGUGCCGUGUCUGUGCAACGGGCACAGCCAGUGCCUCGGCCCCGCCGCGCGCGACCGCUGCCCCCACUGCCUCAACAACACCCAGGGCCCCCAGUGCGAGCGGUGCCGGCCCCUCUUCGUGGGCUCGGCGCGGGCGGGGGGCACCUGCCGGCCCUGCCGCAGCUUCUGCCGCCACAACGCCGCCGUCUGCAUCUCGCGGGAGGAGUUCGAGCGCGCCCGCCGCGACCCCGCGCGCUUCCCCCUCGAGCCCGCCAUGAUCCCCACGUGGGUGUCGGAGGGCCCGAGCGAGGAGGCGGCCGUUUGCGUCAACUGCCAGAACAACAGCGUGGGCGAGCGCUGCGACGGCUGCCGGCCCGGCUUCUUCCUGCUGGACGGCGCCUGCACCAGGUGCCAGUGCAACGGGCACGCGGACACGUGCAACGAGCUCGACGGGACGGGCUGCCCCUGCCAGAACAACACGGAGACGGGCAGCUGCCAGGGCAGCGCCGCCGACAAGAGGGACUGCUACAAGCAGCAGUGCGCCAAGUGCCGCGACUCCUUCCACGGGCACCCGGUGGGGGGCCAGCAGUGCUACCGGCUGAUGGCGGUGGAGCAGGAGUAUUGCCUGGACCCCACCUCGCAGAGCAACUGCUUCCACCAGCCGCAGCUGCAGCACCUGGGGCCCGGCCGCACCGUCCUCUUCGGCGUCCAGCCCAAGUUCACCAACGUCGACAUCCGCAUCACGCUGGACGUCACCUUCGGCGGCGUCGACCUCUUCGUCUCCACCGCCUACGACACCUUCGCCGUCGACGUCGACCCGGCCACCGGCCGCCACCUGGUGCGGCUGCAGACGCCCCUGGCCGGGGCCGCCAACGCCACGCGGCUGCGGGAGGAGCGCGCCGGCGGGCUCGUCACCUACCUGACGGUGCGGGAGGCGGCGGCGGCGCUGGUGGUCCGCGGGGUGCGGGACCGCCUGGUGCUCACCUACCCCCACGCGCUGCACCCGCUCAAGUCCAGCCGCUUCUACCUGCUGCUGCUGGGGGUGGGGGGCCCGCGGGGCGGCCCCUCGCAGGGGCUGCUCUUCUUCCGCCAGGACCAGGCGCACAUCGACCUCUUCGUCUUCUUCUCCGUCUUCUUCUCCUGCUUCUUCCUCUUCCUCGCCCUCUGCGUCCUGCUCUGGAAGGCCAAGCAGGGGCUGGACGCCCGCCACGAGCAGCGCCGGCACCUGCAGGAGAUGAGCAAGAUGGCGAGCCGCCCCUUCGCCAAGGUCACCGUCUGCUUCGAGCGGGGGGCGCCCGCCGGGCCCCCGCCCCGCCGCCGCGGCCCCGCCGCCGCCGCCGCCGCCCCGCCGCCCCCCCAGCCCGGCGCGGGGCCCGUCACGCUGGAGCCCACCGAGGACGGCGUGGCGGCCGUGGCCACGCUGCUGCUGCAGCUGCCGGGGGGGCCGCGGCGCGGGGACCCCCACCGCGCCGCGCUGGCCUCCCGCCCU